ACAAAUAGUAAAAUCCCAGAUGCAGGUGAAAGAGUUGAAGCUGAAUUAAUUCAAUAAUUCAAUUAAUAAUGCAUCAAAUUUCCUAUACCGGUCGCACUUGAACGAUGAAGACGAACUCUUCAAUAAAAUUCCGCCUUUUCCCGAACCCCGUUCCUUGUUUGUUCCUAUGAGAAGACUUUUGGGGCACCGUGAAAAGUAGACCCAGGACUAGAUGCCGCCCGGGCGGCAUACCGGUCAGGAUGCUCAGCCUCGAGCAGGAAGUGGGUGCCUGGGACUCCGUCCUGCUGGAUCCCUUGACCGAGGAUGCUUUCAUGGCCAACCUGCAGCAGCGCUUCAAGAGAGACCACAUCUACACUUACAUCGGAAACGUUCUCGUCUCAGUGAACCCAUAUAAGAAACUGGCCCUAUAUUCGGCUGACCUGGUCGAGGCCUAUGUGGAGAGAGGACCGUUCCAGCUGCCGCCACAUAUAUAUGCUAUUGCUGGAUCGGCUUACAGAUGGCUCAACGAUAGAAAUGAGGACCAAACUAUAAUUGUUACAGGAGAGAGUGGAGCUGGUAAAACAGAGGCUGCUAGAAUAGUUUUACAGUUUUUAGUUUUAGUGUCGGGAAAUAGUCCGGAAACGAAAUUAGUCAAAGACCGUCUGGUGCAAGCAAACACCUUGCUGGAAGCAUUCGGAAAUGCCAAAACAAUGAAAAAUGAUAACGCUUCGAGAUUUGGCAAGUUUUUGGAUAUAGAGUUUGAUUUUAAAGGGGAUCCCAUAGGUGGACACUUGAUACAUUACUAUAUUAUCAAAGCAAGAGUAACAAGUUUGACGUCCUGCGACAGGAACUUUCACAUCUUCUAUCAGCUUUUAUCGGGAGCUGAUAUUCACUUGUUGAAGAGCUUGAAGUUGCAGCGUAACGUUGAACAUUACGCCAUCUUACAGACAGAAAACAAUCAGUCUACUCUAACGGAAGAAGACGACAGGAAGUUGUUUGUAUAUACGAAAAGCGCUUUAGAAGUGCUGGGAUUUACACAUAGCGAGUCAAUCGAUAUUUUUCGCGUUAUAGCGAUUAUUUUGAAAUUAGGUAAUUUGCAGUAUGUGCCUUGUAAUAACAUAGACGGUACGGAAGGUUGCUCUAUUAGCAAUGAGUAUGAAUUAUUUGAAGUCUGUGAACUGUUGGGUGCGGAGCACAGGUGGUUGCAAAGAUCGCUGACGAGUCUGCAAAUCGACGACGGCAUUGUAAGCGACCUAAAUGCGGCUGACGCCGCCAAAAUCAGGGAUGUUUUGUGUAGAACUUUGUACAGUCGUCUUUUUACUUGGUUAAUCAGUAAAAUGAACGAUGUUAUCAAGGCCAAAACCUUAGGAAAGAAGAAAGUGUUGGGGGUUUUAGAUUUAUACGGCUUUGAGACUUUCGAACAGAAUGGUUUCGAGCAACUCAUGAUAAAUUACUGUAACGAGAAAUUGCAGCAGUUCAUCAUAAGUUCAACCUUGAAGGAAGAACAAGAGGAAAUGGUUAAAGAAGGCCUUGAAUGGACUAAAAUAGAAUAUUUUAAUAAUAUAGUUAUAUGUCAAUUGUUAGAACAUGAGAGCCACGGCAUAUUGUCGUUGUUAGAAGAACCCCGUGUUCAAACAGACGCUGCAUACUUUGCCAGAGUAGGACAAUGCUGUGCUGGCCACUCGCAUUGUUUAGCAGCAGACUCAACACUGCCACUUAGCUGUUUUGAAAUUAGACAUUAUGCAGGCGCGGUCUUAUACAAAGUACGCAACUUCAUAGAAAAAAAUAGAGACAGCCUUCCUAGAGAGGUAUCUCGAGCGAUGUUUCGAUGCGAUCAUCCCAUCAUGCAGUUCCUAUUUCCGGAAGGGAAUCCGAAAAGAUGCAAUCCGAAGAGGCCCGUUUCCAAAUCCUUUCAGCUGCAGGUCUCGCUGGAAUCUCUGCUGAAGGUUCUCGGAGGCAGGCAGGCUCACUACAUUAGGUGCUUGAAGCCGAAUGAGAUGAAGCAACCCAGGAUAUUUGAGAUGGCGCUAGUACAACAUCAGGUUAGAUAUUUGGGCUUGCAGGCCAUAGUGCAAGUAUGGCGAUCAGGCUACUGCUAUCGGCUAUCCUAUGUUCAUUUCCUUUCCCGCUACAAACUAUUAUGCUGCAACACGUGGCCAAGAUGGAGGGGGUCUCCCAUCGAAGGCGUCUCGCUGGUCCUCAGAUCGCUUCCGAUUCCCAGCGCUGAAUUUACUUUCGGCAGAAAUAAGCUGUUCGUUAGGAGCCCAAGGACCGUGUUCGAAUUGGAAGACUUUCGGAAGGCGAGGCUGCAGGAUUUAGCGCAGUUGAUUCAGAAGAUUUGGAGGGGAUACAGGGAUAGAAAGUGCUUUCGGAAAAUGAGGCACAGCCAGAUGGUUAUUGCUUCGGCUUGGAGGAGCUGGAGGGAGUUAAAAUAUGGAAUUCCGUUUCAAGGUCGUAGACAUUUGUGGUGUCUAUAUCAUGUGCGUCGGCAAUUUUUAUUGAAUCUCUACAGAACGUUGCCUGAAGACGCGGACUCUCCUAUUUGCUGGGACUGGCCUCAAACUAGCCAGACACUGUCGGAAUGCAGCGCUUUAUUGAAAAAAAUCCACCAUCGUUGGAGGUGUCACAAAUUCCGCAUGAAAUUCGACCAAACUGCUAGGAAUCGUAUGCGAGAAAAGGUCACCGCCAGUUUCAUUUUCAAGGACAGAAAGUGCUCGUAUCCCAGAAGCGUGUCCCAUCCCUUUCUUGGCGAUUACGUUCGGCUGAGACAGAACCUCCAAUGGAAAAAGAUGUGUUUGGAGAAUAAUGACCAAUAUGUAGUGUUCGCUGACAUCAUUCACAAAAUUACCAGGUCCAGUGGAAAAUUCGUUCCUAUUCUUCUGGUGAUAUCGACGAGGUCGAUGUUGGUUUUAGAUCAGAGGACAUUGCAAAUCAAAUACAGAGUGCCUGCCACCGAGAUAUACAGGAUGUCUCUUUCACCUUUCCUUGAUGAUGUUGCAGUAGUCCAUGUGAAGGCGUCUUCGCUAGGCAAUCCCGAAACAUCAAGUCUAUCUUCUGACCAGACAAGCUGCCUCUUUCAGAGCGAUCUGAGCAAAAAGAAAGGCGACUUUGUAUUCCAGACUGGGCACGUCAUCGAGAUCGUCACCAAACUGUUUUUGGUCGUUCAGAACGCAACCGGGAAACCUCCAGAAGUAAAUGUCACUACCGAGUUUGAAGCGAAUUUCGGCUCCCAAACGGUAACCUUCACGUUCAAGUGCGGCCUGCCUGAGGUACAGCCCGGCCAGAUUCGAGUCCUGCGCAAAGGCAACAAGAUGGAGGUGCUCGUGUGACGGGCUUCCUCGCCAAACAUAUCCUCGCGUACCAGCGUAGCUCACGCACUGCCACUAGAAGUACUCUUUUCGUCCCUCUUCGUUUAUUCAUCCAUUCAUUCGUUUGCACAAUUCAUUUCUAAUCGACUCGUUCGUCGAAGAGAAUGAACUUUCUAUCGGCAUAAGUGUAGGAUGUGUUUUAUUGUUCGGUGGUUAGUGUUUGGAAGGGGAGGUUUACACUUAAGAGGGAUUUUGUGUAUCAGGGUUGGCACUUGUAUUACUUUCGUACCAAACUCCAUAUUGUUAUUACAAAAACUGAAUCUAUUAUGUUAUGAUUUGCACAUGUCAUCUUUGACUCGGGUGAAUACAACAGCUCUUUGAUAAUCUUUGUAGCCACAUUUCAUUAUUUGCGGUUAAAUUCAAUAGGUAGGUAAGACAUUUGGAACAGGAUUCAAAUACUCCUAAUAUUUUGAUUAUUUUUUCAUAUUUCUUCCAUAAAGAAAACUGUUCUGGUUAAAUACUUCAUUUUACUACAUCAAGUAAUGUCAUCAUAUUUGUAUCAGGUUAAUAAAAUGAACGGAUGAAUAAUGCAUCCUAUAAAAGUUAUAAAUAAUGAUAUGUGUGAUUGAUGACUUGUUUAUUUUAUGGUAAUUCAUGAUCACUUUAAUGAAAUGAAUAAAAACACUUUUGUCUAAUUACCACUGGUAGAUUUUAUUCAUACGACCGGUUUUUUAGUUUGACCCCAUUAUAAAUUAUAUAACUGAAAUCUGAAGUUUGAAAUUUCGGUUAUAUAGAAUUUUGAGGUAUGCUGCAAGGACAGAGGUACACUUCGAUUAUUUUAACUUUACCGAUACGUCAUCGUUGAUGUGCAUAGUGCAUAUUAAAUAAAUCGCGAAAUUCUGGUCAAAUGUAAGACGAAGUGGCUAAUAUACCGAUAAAAAUUAUAACGUGUAGGUAAUGACAAUAAAUUAACAUUUUCAAAUUUAUGGAAAUGUCGGAUCCUAACAACCUCAAAAGUUAGUUUUUAUGUAGAUGUGACAGUUAACGAAAAAGGUGGCAUUGCAAUGUUUCCAAAACAUUUGCAGACAUUCAUAUUAACAAACUAGUUUCCAUUAAAUCAUCCGUGCAUGGAUGCAGAUACACUGUAAAACUGACGAAAACAAUACCCAAUAACAUAAAACAAUGAUACUGUCAAUAUCAUGUCUGGCAAAUGUAGGUAAAUUGUAAAACACUGUCGGCUGUCUGGUUAUAUCUUUCCACUGCUAUGAGUAUUAAUUGAUCAUCACUAUAACAUAAGUCUUUGAUUAGAAGACAAAUGUUAACGAAUUGUCAUCUGUUCAUUGCGGUUGAUAGAAAGAGAUGUUACAUAGAGGGUGUGUGAUUUCUAUGAUCAUAAAUUGAUGACGCAUCAGUAAAGUUAAAAUAAUCGAAGUGUAUUUAAAAGACAGGUAGUUGGGCGAACCAGGAUGCCAACUUUAAAAUACCACACUGAAAAUUCUACGGGUUGUUGAACUUAUUGAGCAACUCGA